GCGUCAUGUGACACGCUACAAACGCUUCUCUCAGUUCAAUACAAUAUGGCGCCGUUUGUUCUCUUUAAAAGUUGACGCGUUUUGGCGAUUUCGUGCGGGAAAUAAGACGUCCUACAGACACAAUGGCCUCCACUAAUGGCCGCCGUUGUUCUGGAAACACUCUCUUGAGCGGGAAAACGAAAGAAGAAGAAGAAGAAGAAAAAGAAGAAAGCUCCGAGCACGACAGUGAAUCAACAUCAUCGAGUUUCAGCAGCUGCGACUCUGAUGACCUGGAACCAGAGUGGCUGGAUGACAUCCAGAAGAAUGGCGAGCUUUUCUACCUUGAGCUGAGUGAGGGCGAAGAAGAGGCGGCUUUAGCCCAAGCCACCGCCAAUCAGAAUGCGUCCACCAACCACGUGCGCUUUAGCGAUAAGGAAGCAGAGGUCAUCACGGAGCAAAACAAGAAACAGCGAUGCAGCUCACGCAAGAAAGGUGAGCCCGCGCUUAAGAAGCUGGCUCGGAUCCUGAGGACGAAACGCCGGCCUUCUCAGCGUAAAGGAGGGGGAAAAGUUGGGAGUAAAGACAACUCAUCUCCAGCGUCCAUCCUGAAGAACCAGCCGGGUCAAAGGCAGGGCGUGACGGUGCGGCAGCAGCAGCUGAAGGAAGUGUGUGUCUACCUCAACCCAAAACGCCUUGUAGGUACAUCAGCACCUCUCUCUGACAGGGGAGGCCUCCUGGAAGCGUUGCUGGGGGUGGUACACCGCCCCUCAUGGGGCAGGGGAACAGGGGACCCCAGAGUGGUCAGGCAGGAGGAGAGACUGACUGUUCAUGGACUGAUACCCAACAGCCCGGCCAUCAAAUGUGGACAAAUCCUUAUCGGUGACGUGCUCGUAGCUGUGGAUGAUGUGGACGUGACCUCUGAAAACAUAGAAAGAGUUCUCUCCUGCAUUCCAGGACCAACACAGGUGAGGCUGACAUUGGAGACGCUGGCUCUGGUAGAGGGCAGCAUUACCUGCGAGGCUCAGACGGCUCGUAGGAUGAAGGUCUCCCCACCAGUCAGCCAGCUGGUGCGUCUGCUGUGGGGGGAAGACACAGCCGAACUGCAGAUGUCUAUAGGACAUAUCCCACAUGUCGUCAUGUACCUCUCACUCAAACUGGACUCUGCAUCCCCACAGGAGGAGGAGGAGAUCUUGUACCAGUACCCGGUGUCUGAGGCGUCCAACCAGCUGAAAGGCGUCCGGGGGAUCUUCCUAACUCUGUGCGACAUGCUGGAGAACGUCACAGGGGGGCAGAUAAUCAGUUCCUCUCUCCUGCUCGGGAAGCAGGUGCAUGUCGGCUACUGCAAGGAAAGCAACAACCUGCUGGUCAUCGGUCUUCCUGCUGAGAGGGUUCCUCUGUUGUAUCUGCAGACGGUGGUGGCAGAUGUAGUCCGGACACUAAAAGUGAUGUACGGCUCCUUAGACAGCGCGUUCUGUCAGGAGGACCACGCUCCCAGGUUGGACCACUUCUUCUGCCUGUUCUUCCAGCAGCUCAUCCAGCCGUCUCGCUUGAGGGACGGCUCCUCAGCCCCGCCCUCCGACGUCUCAGGGACCCUUUUCCUCGACGGGCUGCCGGCAGUCCGAUGGCUCACGCUUCCUCCAGAAAUCAAGAUGGAGGUGGAUACGGUUCUCUCUGAUUUUGAGUCUUCUGAUUUUGGAGAAAUGUCUGAGGACUUUUUCGGCCUGAGGCGUCUGUAUGUGAUUCUUGGCUCCUGUUUGUUCUACAAGUCCUACCUGAUUGCCAACCACCUGCCAAAAGAGGACCUGCUGGAUGUUUCCCUGUACUGCCAGCAUUACUGCCUGCUGCCUCUGGCGUCCGAGCAGCGGGUCGGUCAGCUGGUCAUCUGGAGGGAGGUGUUUCCUCAGCAAAGAGCUCACGGCAGCCGAGCGCCGGGAUACAGCCCGCCUCAAGGACGACACUUUCUCCUCAUCGUGGGGCUGAGACACUUCAUGCAGUGCGUGCUGCUGGAGGCCGGGGGCUGUGCGUCACCUGCUCUGGGUGCUCCAGGACCCGAUUGUGUUUACAUAGAUCAGGUGAAGGCCACCCUGCUGCAGCUGGAGGUGUUAGAGGCGGGUAUUGAGGAGCAUCUGAACGCUCCUCCUGCUCCCUGUCUGUCCUGCGCUGACUGGUUCCUCCCCGCAGCCACGGCCCGGGACCGCCUGGACACCCUGGCCUCGUCCUCUCCCGUCCUCAGCAAGCUAGCCGGGGCAGUCAAAGGCUCCUCAUCCUCUUCGGGGUCCAGAGGCCGCAGUCUGUUUGGGGAGAGGGCCCGGAGGUCCAGCCCUCAGAGGAGCCUGUCAGACAGCGGGAGCGAGGGACAGAUGGAUGCUGGAUCAGGGUCUGGUUCUUCUGCGGCUCCAGGUGUUAGUCCUCAUUCCACCCCGGACUCAGGGAGGAAGCUGGGGGGACGGCGAGACUCUCUGGGGUCUGGAGGGUCUGAUGGGAGUGCAGGCAGCGGAGGCCUCUUCAAGAUUCCCAGGAUGAAGCACCCAAACCCGUUCCACCUGGGCACCCUGAAGAAGACCCUGACUGAGAGGGAGACGGAGGAGAUGUACAACACCAUGAAACUGACCUCAGGCGCAGAGAACACCCUGUUCCACUACGUCCUGAUGGAGACGGUUCAGGGGAUCUUCAUCGCGCCCACUCACAGAGAGGUGGCUCAGCUCAGCGGCUCGAUCCACCCGCAACUCAUCCGCAACUUCCACCACUGCUGCCUCUCCAUACGGGCCGCCUUCCAGCAGAGCCUGCCGGCCCGGGGUCGUCGGGCCGCAGACCGGCCUCGGGGCAAGGACUGGGGUCUGGGUCCAGUGAAGGAACACGGGGUCCUGUUCCAGUGUAAACCCGAGAACUGGACCGACCAGAGGAAACCUGCUCCCACCAUGACCUACUGGGUCAUAGGGCGGAUGUUGCUCGAGCCGGUCCCUCAGGAGUUCUACGUGUGCUUCCACGACUCUGUGGCCGAGGUUCCUGUAGAGAUGGCCUUCAGACUCUCCUUCGGCCUGGCCUUGUGAUGCAUCACCCCCUCCUCCCCUCACCUCCUCUUUGUGGAUCGUGACUUUUCAACAGCUGAAGCUUGUGUCGCAUUCUCAGGGAAUAAUACAAACUAUGUGGAAAUGAUGGGAUCUUACACAAGCUGUCACAGGAGCUACGAGAAGUCUGAACCUUUGGCGCGCCUACAUUUUCCUGCUGAUAACGACGGACAGUGACGGAGGUUUUUCAGCAGUGAUAAGAACGUAGAAAGGCAGAGUGAGUUUCAACCAGGUCAUUUUGUGCAGAGAUCUUUUUGUACAGACAGCUUAUACCUCAAAAACUUGAUAAAAACCUCUGAUAAGAGCGGACGAGAGCUUUAGUUUCCAAAGCUGGACCAAUCAAAUCGUGCUGCUGCCUCAUCAGACAUUUCUAAUAAAGCAAAACAAGGUGUAGAGAUCAGUUUGUGUGCAGUGUUGAGAAAGCAUUUCAUUUGUAACUUAUUGAAAAAUGUACAGUUUUAUAUUUACACGGGGUCACUUGUUACCAACAUAAACGAUGAGAUUAAAGAA